AUGGAGGAGGCGCUGCUGUCCACCCCCAUCAACCCCAACAACUUCCCCGCCAAGCUGUGGCGGCUGGUGAACAGCCCCCGGUACCGCUCGAUCCGCUGGGACGGCCGCGGUGAGGGGCUGCUCAUCGACCAGCCGCUCUUCGAGGCCGAGCUGCUCAGCCCGCCCGGGGCGGGGGCCGGGGGCGGCGGCGGCGGCGGGGGCGGCGGCGGCGGCGGGGUCGCCGGCGUCGGGGGCGCCGGGGCCGAGCCCGAGCUCUUCAAAACCACCAACUUCACCAGCUUCAUCCGCCAGCUCAACCUCUACGGCUUCCGCAAGGUGGUGCUGGGCGGGCCGGGCGCGGCGGGGCCCGGGCCGGGGCCGGGGGGCGGCGGGCCGGCGGGCGACGGGCCGCUCCACCACUUCCACAGCCCGCACUUCCGCCGCGACCAGCCGCAGCUGCUCGUGCACCUCAAGAGGCUCACCAGCGCCAACAAGGCCAAGCUGGCGGCCGGCCUGGAGGUGCCCUGCCGCCCGCCCAACCGCUUCCAGAGGCUCCUCAUCACAUCGGCCUCGGCCUCGGCCUCCACCUCCCCGCUGCAGCACCAGGAGCCGCCGCCGCCCUCGGGGCCCCGGCCGGAGCCACAGGGACCAGUGGCUGUAGGACAAUUUCACCGGUCGUUCCGGCGAGAUAGUCUGUCUCCUUACUCCUACGUAUCAACUUCAUCCCACAACCACAGUACUUUUCCUCUGAAAGGUUUAGAUCGGACCCCGCUCCCUCCUAGAACGUGGCCGAACUCUCUUGGAAUGCACCCAGGACAAGUGGAAACGUCUCCCACUUUUUCAGAUAAAGGGGUUCCAUUUCCUGUACUACAGAGGUUUCCAACUGAGGUCACGUAUACCCUGCAGCCCAGUGCCACACCCGUACACGUUCAGCAAGGUCCUCAAACAAUGGUCAGCUCCUCCCAAAAGUACAGUAACUACACACCCUCAGCGCAGUACUCCCAAGCCUACUAUCCGACAGCCGUGCUGCAGUGCUGCUCGCCUUCCACGCACAUGGACGCGCUCAGUAGUUGUGUCAGCACCACUGCUUCUUCCUACGCACACUGCAACUACUUUCAGAAUCCUCCAAUGCAGUCUUCCUAUCCAGUUGAAUUUCUGCCUUCUAACUGGCCUUGCAGUGCUACUGAUGAAAAUAAAAAGACAGAAGUAAACCUAGAGGCUGUUUUUCAGAUAGUAGAUGAGUUGCAUUCCUCCCCUAAAUUGGAGAUGGUCAAGGUGGAGCCUGUUGAGAAUCAGUGCUCAACAUCCCAGUCUAAUAGAGGCCAACAUAUCCUAGCUAAUUCAAACAACAGCAAUCCAUCUUCCACAAGUCAGGCUAGCCAGCUGGAGCCACUUACUCCUGUAGGCUCAGAUAUUACGUCUUUUGUGGUCGGAACAGAACAGGCAGUUACCUGCUCUCUACCACAGUCACCUGAGUACAUCUAUACCAUCCACCCAGCUCAGCCUGUUGAAAAUACUACAAUGCAAGAGUCUGCAAUCAACCAGCAAGCUCACAUCAAACUGAAGGAGCAGCUGAGUCAUAAUCCAUCGCCAUCUUCAGUAGUGUUUGUGCAGGAAGGGCUACCAUUCAGCACACACCAGGUGGAUGCCAGUAUAAAAUGCCAGACCAAUCCACCUGAGAAUAUCUUGCCUUCAGAACAAAUGGGAUUCCUUAUUUCCGAAAUGGGGCCUGCUAGCAAGCCUAGUAAAGACAUGGGUUUAUCCACUCCAGCCAGAUACAGAGAGCGAAGAAGCAACUCACAGCAAGGAAAGUCCCCUGAUCUUCAUCUGCUGGUGGAUGUCGCCUGCAAGCAGGAACACUUUCCAAAGGAGGAAGAGUUAAAAGAGUGA